GACGUACGCGCACCGCAGUCUAUUACCUCCUUCAUCGCCUCGAUAUCGUAGCAUUUAUAGAUGACAAUGAACGCCAUAUACACCUUGCCCACGGCGUAGGAUUCUGAUGAAUACCUCAUCUACUGCCCGAAUAUUCCCCAUUUACGAUCCAAAGAAUCCACCUGAACAUCCAGGCGAAGAAUGGACUCGUUUCGUUUGCAUUUCAGAUACCCACUCGCACACACACUAUAACGUUCCGCCAGGGGACGUUCUCCUACAUGCUGGUGACCUGAGUAGUUGGGGAUCUUACCCGCAACUGGCAAAGACGGUAAAUUGGCUACGAACGCUACCUCAUCCUGUGAAGGUGGUCGUAGCAGGAAAUCACGAUUUAUGUUUGGAUGAGGAAGUGGAACUAUAUAAGUCUUCAGUGGUCACCGCGGCCAAAGACAUGAUGCGGAAUGAGGCAGCGUUACAAGCCGGUAUUCACUACUUAGAAUACGACUCUGCCGAAGUCACAGUUCAAAACGGCAGAACGUGGCAUUUCUACGGGUCUCCUGCGGCACCGAAAUACGCAUCUGGUUCAUUCCAAUACAGGGACAUAAAACAAGGCGACAAGAUAUACAACCGAAUACCAUCUUCUACAGAGAUUCUCCUUACGCAUACCCCUCCAUAUGGCAUUCAUGAUUUGUGCAAGAAAGGGACGCAUGUUGGUUGUCGAUCCCUUGCUUCGCAUCUCCAAAGUGACCAGCUAGCGAACUGUCGAUUACAUGUCUUCGGUCAUAUUCACGAGGCUUUUGGUGUCUCCAUUGACACUCUACCAGGUGGUUUAGAGCGCGUUAGCGUAAACGCUGCGAUACGACGUAGCGAUUUCCCUAUCAUUGUUGACUUGAGGAAUUAAUACAGGUUCUUUCGUCCACCGAUUCAAGAUGCAUAUAAGGCGAAGAGUCAGCUGAAAGCGCUGGGAACACCGUUCCAGAGUU